AGAAACAAGAAAUUCAUACACAUCUACGAUGUCAUGAGGGUAAGUAAAUGAUGAGAGAUUCUUCCUUUUGCACAUUGGAUGAACACUGAGAAUUAAAAGUACAUUUUAAACUAGAUAGAACAUCAGUGUGGGGCCUGCAACCAUUUCUUAGUCUGCCAAACAUAUCCUGAAGGUCCCCCCCAGUGGGUUUAUCUAGUGAGAUAUUGAGGUAUUAGUUAUUCCCAAAAAGAAAAAGUGAUUCUAUGCUUACCACAAUUAAGUUCAAUUGAAUCUUUCAGAAUUUAGGUGCUGUCACAUUCAAAAGAUACACUAACCAUCCAGUUUUAGCCCCACAAAAACAAAAUGUACUAUCCUUGAGAACUUGCCUUGUGCCUCUGGAAAUAAGUGACUACUUUAUUUUUUACUCUUUUCAAAAAGUGAGUUUCCUCUAAUACGUGUUGUUUAGCUUUCAGAGAUUAUGAAAAAGGCUCAAAUAAGUCUGAGUGAAGACAUUAGUUGUGCAGGUCGUGCUCAAUUUGCCAUAUAGCACAGCCUCGUGGCCAUUGCAAGUUCAUUCAUGAGAACAGACAUUUCUAACGGCAAACCCAAAUUGUCUUUAUCUAAACAUUACAUAUUUGCAUCGAACAAACGGUUGCCACCUUGGCAAACAUUUAGGUAUAGCCUAUCUGUUUGUUUAAUUAUGCCAGAUAGAUGGCAGUGAUUAAUACAUGCAUGAUACGGAUUCUCUUCCAUUGCCUUUCCAAUCGUGUCAUGUCAUGUGGUGUGACCAAAAACACGGAUUGGAUCUCCGGGGUCACCUGAGAAAAAUCACCCACUCGCCAUAUUCAUGAUUCCUGGUUACUUCGUGUUGAUGUGCCAUAGGAAAAAACAACUUUUUAGUGAAUUCACUUUAUUUUGAUAUCACACGCGGGCUGGUUCUAAAUGGUUAUGACGACACAAGGUAAGUUCUUCGGCUCACAUUAAAGCACGUCACGUCAUUCAACGUGAAACUCACGAGGUUAACCUUUCAUAAGCAAUGGGCUAGUUUUCCCAAGCUAGUUCCUGUAAAUCAGCGGCUUUUUAAAUCACAAGCACAACCAUACCCGGGUAUUUUCACACGUCGACCAAAUAAGCGCUUUAUUAUUCCUUCAUAUCCACCUAAACCGCACGUUGUUUUUUUAAAAUAGCACUCCACUCCGUAUUUUAUUAACGGCAGCGCUAAAGCGUGCGGAUGGAUAUCUUACAAAAAAGCCUCACAGCGCGGUUCAAAAAUAAGGCGAAGAAAAAACAAAACGCUCGAUAUUCAAGUAAUACAAGCACCAUAAUACAUUCAAGUGCCAUACAACUUUAAUCCAUCCGCUCCAGUCUCAACAGGUCGCUCGUCUAGAGAGAAGGGCGGGUGGGAGUCACAUACGCAACAAAGCCGCGCAGUACGAGGGCCAAUGCAAGCUGAAUGAGCGCAGCGGCAACCGAGCAACAUCUUCCGCCUUCCUCCACCGCGGUCUCCAUUUUAACUCCUCGCCCAGCCUGCACCUCACGUGUCUUGGACUGUCUUUCUCACAUGACCCGUGUGUUUGUCCCCGUGAUCAGCGCUUCCAUCUCCCGUAUUUCAAGUGUCGCUGAAUAUCGCAUUUUAAAAUCCGUUCGCCUUCAUGGAUAUGCUCGAACAGAGCUUGGACACCUCGACGAGUCACGAGAAACAGGAAACUGAGGAGGUAAUUCAGCUACAGGACGGAGAGGGGGUGGGGGUGGAGGAGCAGGCGGCGGUUACCAUAGCAAGUGUCCAGCAAGCAGCAGCGUUUGCAGACCACAAUGUUCAAUACCAGUUCCGCACAGAGAACAGCGGUGGACAGGUGACGUAUCGCGUGGUCCAGGUAACAGAGGACCAUUUAGAUGCAGCUGGAGAUGGUGGCAAUGCAGUCAGCGUGGUGUCCACGGCCGCCUUUGCAGGCGCACAGCAAGCAGUAGCACAGGCUGUUAUCCAGAACCCUUUUAGUAAUGGAGGCAGUCCAGCAGGAGAGACGGUGAGUGGAGAGACGCGCUUCGCCUACUUCCCAGCAGCAGCUGUCAGUGAUGGUACGGCUACAGCGGUGUCUGUGCAGGCCACCUCCGAUCCAACCCUCACACAGGCUGGAGGUCAGUUUUACGUGAUGAUGAGUCCACCAGAUGUUAUACAAACGGGCACACCACGGACCAUCGCUCCUCGUACACACACUUACUCAACAGACCUUGCUGAACGUGAGACUCUUCAACACAGCAGAUCAGACUGGAAGAUUGAUGGUCCCCGGGCACCUCGUGAUGAGAGGAGAAGAGCACAGCACAAUGAAGUUGAAAGGAGAAGAAGAGACAAAAUCAACAACUGGAUUGUCACACUGUCGAAAAUCAUCCCAGACUGCAAUAUGGACAAUACCAAAACAGGAGCGAGUAAAGGAGGCAUCCUGUCUAAAGCAUGUGACUACAUUAGAGAACUCCGUCAGACUAACCAGAGGCUGCAGGAGAGCUAUAAGGACGUGGAGAGAAUACAGGUGGACAAUGAGCUAUUAAGACAACAGAUUGAAGACCUGAAGAACGACAAUGCACUGCUCAGAGCUCAACUACAACAGCAUGGCCUGGAAAUCAGUGAAACGACAUCAUAGUGACAAAACUAGGACAAAACAUGAACACAAAUAAACAGUCUCGACAACAAAGCUCAAAGUGGAGACAAAACCCCUAAAUGACUCAUUUGCCCACAUCUCAUCACAGACUUAAGAUAUUUAGCAACUCAGUAGGGUAUGAAUGCCUGUUUGAUACACAGACACACAUUCUUAUAACAAGAGACUCUUUGAUAGUAGUGAAAAAUAAUAUCUGCUGUAAAAGCACACUUUGUUUUCUCCUUCACUCCCAUGAGAACUUAAAAACCUGGACUCACGCAAAUAUGGAAUUACCUUCUUUCUUCCAGAAGUAGCCCACUUACCACAGAUCUUUGUUCUAGUUUAAAUAUUAGAAUUGUGAACCAGUUAUAUGCCUGCUCAUGCCUAAUGAUCGUCUUUUGUUUUUGUUUUCAACAAUUUCAUUUUGUGGAUUUAAUUUUUGCUACAAAGUGCAAAUGUUACUACUGUCUCUGAUGUGACAGAAUGUUUUUUUUUUUUUUUAAGGUUUGUUGGUAUUGUAUUUAUUAGCUAUCAAAAUCAAUUAUGCAGCAGCUAUACAAAGCCUUUGCAUUUGGUGUAAAGCUGAAAUGUCAACCUCAACGAAGUUGUCAAGCAGCCUAAAAUGACUGAUAUUUUUUUUUUUUUUUUUUUUAAGAAAAAAAAAUAUUUAGCUUUUCUGUUCUGCACUCUUUCCCUAUAUUGGAUUUAAAAUUAUCAGACUAAUCAGAGAUUUGACAUAGUGGCACAUCAAAACGAAUUGCUUUACAGUAUUAGUUUGCUUAGAAUGCAUCUGAAAGUACAUUAAGUAUGUUUUAGUUCAAAAUAGAAAAGAUUAAGACCGUAAAUAUUCUUAAAACUGCAAAAUUACAUUACAUAUAAUUUUAAAAUGUUUUUGGAGUACAUCAAAUUUCAUGCACUGUGAUUUAGUGACGGAAGUACGAGUAGCUCAGGGUUUUGUGAUGCAGGAAAAUAGCAACGGCUCUGGAACACCCCCCCAACUUUGUAACCCUGCACUAUUUUUUUGAUUUUGCCCCUUUUGGCUUUACAGACUAGAUUCUAAACAUGUACUGUAUAUAUCAUGUAUAUCUACCAGUUGUUCUUAUGUCAUUGAAAUCCUCACAAACAAAGAAUUUUACUUUAUAACAGUCGUAGUUCCGAAGCUCAUUUAUCUACAGCAGCAUAGUUGGAAAUGGAAAAUGCGCAAUAAAAAUGGCUACUGUUAGUGUUUUUGUUCAUUUGCUAAAGGUAGAUCUUCCAUCUUUGUGUUUUGAAACUGUUCUUCAGCAACAUCAAUGCUUUUUUGAAAAAUGAAAUGGAAGGCAAGCUAUAAAAAUGAACAAAAAUCACUACAUUAUAAGAAUAUAUUGUAUAUGACUAUAAAUGUCUGACAGCUAAGGGUAAUAUGGCAAUUACUGUUGAUGAGCAAUGCAUAAGGAAACCAAACAUCAAAAACUAACAUUGAUUUAUUUUUGUAAUUAAUGUCCUAAGCAAUUUAUCUCUAAAGGUUUUAAGGCCAGUGCAGGUCUGUGGUUUGCCUUUAUAGUUUGUCUUAUUGUAAGGCUUGAAUUAAAUAAUGCUGGAUUGUAAAGAGUUUACUUUUGACUGUUUAGCACCCAUUAGUUUAUCUCCAAUUCCCGCUGGUCAUGAAAUAUGCAACAUCUUUUAAACAA